CUUCCAAUUAAUUAAUUAGUGAGGAUCGGAGCAAAAUUAAUUAAAAUUAAGAGAAUGGCAGAUGAGGAUCCACAGGACGUAGCAGACCGGGAGCGCAUAUUCAAGCACUGUGACACCAAUGGCGACGGCAAAGUAUCGGCGACGGAGCUCGGAGAGGCCCUCAAGGCGCUCGGCUCCGUCUCCGCUGACGAAGUCAAGCGCAUGAUGGCUGAGCUCGACACCGAUGGCGACGGCUUCAUUUCCUUUGACGAGUUCACAGAUUUCGCCAAGGCCAACAGGGGCUUAAUUAGGGAUGUCGCCAAGAUUUUCUAGCUUCUUUUUUUUCAAGAUCUUGUUAUUCAUGGAUGUUUCUCAGUUUUGGCGUUGAUGCAUGGGGACUACUGUAGUUUGUGGGACCUUAAUAUUCAAGAAUGCAUGUGUAUUUGAUGUUCAUAUAUAUACUAGUAGCAAAUGCACAGAAUUAAUUUCAAA